AUGGAUGAUCAAAACCUGCUACCUCCUCAAGCCGCUGCCAGCUCCGUUGGAGAGUCAGCGCCGUCGACGACGCCGCAGCCCAACGGUGCAGAGGUUCCUACAGCCUCUGCCCACCACAGCGUCGUGGGCACCCAGCCAUCGUCACUGUCGGGAUCAGACACAGGGGUUCCUAGCGACCGAGACUGUGUCGAGCCCCGCCCUCCAGUGGAUGUCGAAUCUCGGACCCGAAAGCAAAAAUCACCCAAGCGACACAAGAAGAGGCGAUUGUCAGCUGAAGAACAGGACAGGGAUGUGAAGCCGGCGGAAGACAUCGACUUCGUUGACUCGCCCACAAUUGCAACGGACUCCAGUGGCAUCAUUGACUCGCCCACAAUUGCAACGGACUCCAGUGGCAUCAUUCACCAGAAGGUGCCUGAAGACAGGGAACACUCUCCUAAAUCUGGUGGCCCAGAAAACGAGGCGCAUUGCGUCGACUCCCAAAAUGUGGGCUCCUGUGAAAGCGACCAGCCCCCAAUGACAUCACAAUCGUCUCUUGGUGAUUGGGCAGACGAUAUGGAGGCAGAUGAUGCACAGAAAACAUCGAUAUCUCCACCAGAGCCCAUGGCUGACAUUGAGCCCACAGGGCUCUGCCAGUCAGGGACUCAUACGCGGCGGCGGCCGCCGCCCGCCGGCCACGCCGCGCGCAUGCGCACCGCCAACCGCUCGCUGGAUCUGCAUUACUCGCGUGUACGCCGACAACACAGCGGAGGGCUCCAGAGCGUCCCACAGAGCGUCCCACAGAGCGUCCCACAGAGCGUCCCACAGAGCGUCCCACAGAGCGCCCCACAGAGCGCCCCAGAGAGCGCCCCAGAGAGCGCCCCAGAGAGCGCCCCAGAGAGCGCCCCAGAGAGCGCCCCAGAGAGCGCCCCAGAGAGCGCCCCAGAGAGCGCCCCAGAGAGCGCCCCAGAGAGCGCCCCAGAGAGCGCCCCAGAGAGCGCCCCAGAGAGCGCCCCAGAGAGCGCCCCAGAGAGCGCCCCAGAGAGCGCCCCAGAGAGCGCCCCAGAGAGCGCCCCAGAGAGCGCAACAGAGAGCGCAACAGAGAGCGCAACAGAGAGCGCCCCAGAGAGCGCCCCAGAGAGCGCCCCAGAGAGCGCAACAGAGAGCGCAACAGAGAGCGCAACAGAGAGCGCCCCAGAGAGCGCCCCAGAGAGCGCAACAGAGAGCGCCCCAGAGAGCGCAACAGAGAGCGCCCCAGGCUGCAAGGUAAGAGCGAGCAACGAGGCGGGCCGCACACACGCUGAGGGCCGAGCAGCCGCCACUGGACUACGCCACGCGACGCGACGCGACGUGACGUCACGUGAGCGUCCCGGCGGUGGCUGCCCCUACGACGGCAACCCGAAGCCGCUGCUCGCAGCCGUAAUACCUAUAACGUGUCCACGUCCGUGGUAG